GGUGAUGCAGCCCUAGCUGCUACAGUGAUGCUGCAAUAGAGGCUGCUGCUGCUGCUGCUCACUGAUUCAACAGAACCAUCCGCUGCUCUGAUGAGCUCUGCAAUCCACAAGAGCUUGUAGAACCACUGGCCAAAUCAAGAGGAACAGCAGCCACCAUUGUCCUCUUAAUCCUUUACAUCCCCAUUCCUGCAUUGAAGAGGGGAUGCCUUUAGCAGCUCUGCUAGCCUCGCUGGGAUGCACAUCACAAGGUGUUGAAAUCUGCACUGCAUAGGAGGGACUCUUCACAGGAUACAACAUUGGAGACACAGCCAUCUCAGGGUUCCCACUUGCAGAGGCACCCCCUAUAGGGAGACAGCAUGGAAGCACCGCUGGUGUGUCUGGACGAGGAUUUUGACGACCUGAGGCCCUGCCGCGAUGUCGACGGGAGCCAGAGCCCCCUUAUGUCCCACGGAGGGGCUCCCCCUAUCAAGCGGGAAGACUUCUCGGAGCUGGAGACGUUCUCGGAGAUGAUCAGCUUCAAGUCCAUGGAGGACCUGGUGAACGAGUUCGACGAGAAGCUCAACGUGUGCUUCCGCAACUACAACACCAAGACCGAGGUGCUGGCGCCCGUCCGGAACCAGACACACAUUGUAGAAGAGGAGGAGCUGCUACAGGACGAGGAUGUAUGGGACGCCCUGACCGACAACUACAUGCCCUUGUCUGGCUCCACUGAGACUCUCAAUGGGAAUCUGUCUGACCAGGAGAUCCAUGAAAAAGAGGAGGAAGAACUGAACGAGAAAAACGAGCACACGUGCUGCCUGAGUGACGGGCCGCUGCUCACGGCUGAUCAGGUGAUCGAGGAAAUUGAGGAGAUGAUGGAGAACUCUCCGGACCCUGAGGAAACAGAGGAGGAGGAGGAGGAGGAGAGCGCAGAGAUCUCCGUCCUUCCAGACCCCUCCCUGCUGGAGGAGAUCCGUGUCCUGUCCCACGCCUCCAACAACAACUGCUCCUUGGAAGGCUUGCAGCUGAUGCCCACGUCAGUGCUGGCGGAGCUGCUGGAGCGGGUGGAGGGGGCGAUCCGCGAGUUCUCGGAGGAGCUGGUGAUGCAGCUGGCGCGGCGGGACGAGCUGGAGUUCGAGAAGGAGAUGAAGAACACCUUCAUCACGGCCCUGAUGGAGGUGCAGAACCGGCAGAAAGAGCAACGCGAGCUCUCCAAGCGGCGCCGGAGGGAGAAGGGCAUGAGCCUGCAGGGCGCUGUCAGGACCGACAAGGUCGGCUCCAUGCCGGUCAAGCGAUUCAGUAUGGAGGGGAUCUCCACUAUCCUCCAGACAGGGAUCAGACAGACUUUCGGGAAUUCAGGGACUGACAAGCAGUACUUAAAUACAGUGAUUCCCUUUGAGAAGAAAGGCACGCCUCCCUCUGUGGAAGAUCUCCAGAUGCUAACGAAAAUUCUUUAUGCAAUGAAAGAAGACAGUGAGAAGGUCCCGACUUUGUUAACUGAUUACAUUUUAAAAGUGUCUGGGAGUUCACUGAAAAAAGCAGUGCUGUGCCCUACUUAACGCUACGACGGCCCCUCUCUUGAGAAGUCGCAGGCUGCCUGGGGUGCGAUUCUUCCACUCUCCAGCCAAAACUGCAUGAGCUCCCAUACAUUAUUAAUGACGCAUCAUUGUAUGUAACUCAUCGAGAUCCUGAAUAAAACACAGUCUUUGCUGAUA